GCAGCAGUGCAGUGAAGAGGGGGAGGAGUGCAUGUUCUUUGCUGACAACUCGGCUGUACAGACACAACAAGCGCUGGAACGUUUGAAUUACCAGCAGCAGACUAAAAGCAAAAUGGAGGACUACUAUUACCAUGACGAUGAGGACCCCAGCCUCAACGACACCUACGACUACAGCUACGACCACUCAGUGUGCGACAAGGAAGCGGUGCGGUCCUUUGCGGGCAUCUUCCUCCCAGCCAUCUACUCACUGGCUUUGGUGGUGGGCCUGGCGGGGAAUGCUCUGGUAGUAGUGGUCUAUGCGUCACAUGCACGACUGCGCACCUUGACGGACGUGUGCAUCCUAAACCUGGCCAUCUCAGAUCUGCUCCUGCUCGUCACACUGCCCUUCUGGGCGGCGGAUGCGGUGCACGGCUGGAGGUUGGGCUCAGCCGCCUGCAAGCUCACUUCCUUCCUCUACAGCGCCAAUUUCAGCUGUGGGAUGCUGCUGCUGGCGUGCAUCAGCGUGGACCGCUACAGGGCUGUAGCACAGAGCACGGCGGGCAGGGCUGGGAGGGGGCCCCACGUGCGAAUACAGUGGCUCGUGGUGUGCUUGGUAUUGUGGACAGUGGCCAUCUUCCUGGGUCUCCCUGAGCUCGUCUUCUCCACGGUCAAGCAUUCCCAUCACAGAAUGUACUGCACGGCCGUGUACCCCCUCAGCAUGGGUCGACCCGCCAAGGCUACAGUAGAGCUGCUGGAGGUCAGCCUCAGGUUUGUGCUGCCUUUCCUGGUCAUGGUGGUCUGCUACUGCUUGGUGGGCCGGGCCCUGGGCCGGGCAGCAGGCGUGAAAAGGAACCGGAAGUGGCGGGCCCUGCGGGUUCUAUUAGCGGUGGUGGCGGUUUUCCUGCUGACUCAACUUCCCUACAACGUGGUGAAACUAUGCAGGGCGAUGGACAUCAUCUACAUCCUGGUGACUGACUGUGAAGUCAGUAAGGGCUUGGAUCACGCCCUGCAAGUGACCGAGAGCCUAGCGCUGACCCACGCCUGCAUCAACCCACUCCUCUACGCAUUUGUCGGCUCCUCCUUCAGGGGACACGUCCUCAAAGCUGCCAAGCGUCUUGGUCAGCACCUCGGGCAGCACUCCGAACGAGAGGCUGGAGAGCCGGCGGUAGAGAUCGCACUCACUGCUCGAAAUAAAAACCAAUCACAGUCUGGAUCAGAGGAACCAGACACCAGCACGUUUACCAUGUGAAGUGCACACUUGACAUGUCAACAACGUGGAGAAACAACAAUAGUUUUAGUCCUCAACAAAAAAGCAUCAACAUGAUUGAGGUGUGUCACGUUACAGUGUAGGACACAGAACCGCUCCAUAGCCUCAUGGAGCAUCCACUGGUACUGUAACGAUUAUAGAGUGUAUGCAAAACUGCAGUUACCUAGCAACUCACUAGUUCAGCUUGGCACGCUAUUUUACUUUUGGAGAGAAGAAGAUAAGAUUUAGGGAAUCAAAGCGAGGAGUAAACAUCUCUUUCAGUUUCUGACAUUGAAGGAAAUGAAAUGAUGAUUGACUGAGUCUUGUCCUUAAAGACUUUGUAAGCAUGUGCUAACCCAGGGGUGUCCAAACUUUUUCCAGUGAGGGCUGCAUCCAGAAAAAUCUAAAGAUGCGGGAGGCCACUAGGGUAAAGCCAAUCCAAUAUAGGUCCAUAUAUGGUCAGCUAUUUGAAGAAAGCAUGGACAGCUUUGUUUCAUGUUGUAGUAAACAAAGGAAAUGGUUUAUUAGUGUGAUAUCUUAAAGUAUAUGUUAUUAUAUUAUAUUAUUAUUGGUGUUGGGCAACUUGAAAAAGUAGUUAGUUAUAGUUACAAAUUGCGUUCCCAAAAAAGGUAAUUGAAUUAGCAAAGGAAUUACAUAAUUACAUAACUGUAAUGAAUUACAUAAAUGCAAUUAGUUACAAGAGAAAGUAAUUAUUGCGUUGCUUUUUUGAAAAAUCUUCAAAUAUGUAAAAAGAAUUGAGAUUUGCGUGUGCCAUUGAGAGAUGUUUCAUGGAAUUAAGUUGAGGGCUGAGUUUGUGACUUGCAAAUCUCUACCAAAAUGCGAGGGGGCAGUGUUUUUCCUAAGAGUGUGCAACCACAGCCCUUGUUGACGAGCUAUUUAGCUUCCUGUUCAAUAGUAGUGAAAACUGGCGACUGAAGCGACAUUCAGAUCAUUGCUAUAGUUAUCAGUGCAUAAUAAUGCACCGAAUUUUACUGUCGGUAACAGUAACAGUGUUCGAAUAGCAAUAAAUUAUAUUUCACUUUACUGGUAACGCUGUUACUCCCAAAACUGACUAUAAUUACAUUACAUUACAUGUAAUUAUAUAAUUACAUUACAUGUAAUUAUAUCAUAUUAUAUUAUAAUUACAUUAUAUGUCACUAUAAUUGUAUUAUUAUAAAAUAGCAAGGGCCAAUAAAAAACUGUGGGCAAUUGGACACCCAUGGGCUAAGCUACUGUAAGUAUUUUGUAAACCUUCUGUGUUUUGUUGAAUUAA